CAUAAAACUUGACAGGGAGAACGAAGAGAAGGGAGGGCGAUAGGGAGAGACGGAGAGGGGGGGAGAGAGAGGGGGAGGAUGUCAGACCUAGACAGGCAGAUCGAGCAGCUGAAGAGAUGCGAGCCCCUCAAGGAGUCGGAGGUGAAGGCCCUCUGCCUCAAGGCCAUGGAGAUCUUGGUCGAGGAAGGCAACCUCCAGAGAGUCGACGCCCCGGUCACCAUAUGCGGUGACAUCCAUGGGCAAUUUUAUGACAUGAAGGAGCUUUUCAAAGUCGGAGGUGAUUGUCCUAAAACCAAUUACUUAUUUCUUGGAGAUUUUGUUGAUAGAGGUUUCUACUCUGUGGAAACAUUUCUGCUUCUGCUAGCAUUGAAGGUGAGAUAUCCAGAUAGAAUAACUCUUAUUCGAGGUAACCAUGAGAGCCGACAGAUCACACAGGUUUAUGGAUUUUAUGAUGAGUGCCUCCGCAAAUAUGGUUCAGUAAAUGUCUGGAGAUAUUGCACUGACAUAUUCGAUUAUUUAAGUUUGUCAGCACUCAUUGAAAAUCGUGUUUUUAGUGUUCACGGUGGCCUUUCUCCAUCAGUUACUACAAUAGAUCAGAUUAGGAAGAUUGACCGGAAGCAGGAAGUUCCUCAUGAUGGAGCAAUGUGUGACCUACUAUGGUCAGACCCUGAAGACAUAGUUGAUGGUUGGGGUCUAAGUCCUCGAGGUGCUGGGUUCUUGUUUGGUGGCAAUGUUGUCAGCAUGUUUAAUUAUACAAAUAAGAUUGAUUACAUCUGUCGUGCUCAUCAGUUGGUAAUGGAGGGCUAUAAAUGGAUGUUUAAUAACCAAAUUGUCACAGUGUGGUCUGCACCCAAUUACUGUUACAGAUGCGGAAAUGUGGCUGCCAUUCUGGAGUUGGAUGAGAACCUAAACAAGCAGUUUCGUGUCUUUGAGGCUGCUCCUCAUGAAUCAAGAGGAGUUCCUUCCAGAAAACCUGCACCUGAUUAUUUCCUUUGAUUGGAAACCAUGGGCCAUUCUCCUCUCCUCGUGUGAAAUCACCAAGUGAGCUAACUGAUGUGCAGUACUGCAAUUUUAUUUCAUCAGUUUUGCUUGUCCACGGUUCACUUGGUGGUGUAAUGAAGCCUGUCUAGAUCAAUUUUUUUCCAGAAGUCGUUUAAUUGAUCUGAGGCGAUGGGCGCUCUUGUAAGAAUAGAACAUAUUGUGAUGUAAUUUGUCCUGCAAAGAUCUUAUAUGUUUAUAAGAGACAAGUCAGGGCACCUUAGUCCGGCUCCUUUUUUGGCUCUCC